GAGAAAGGAAGUAGCUAGCCAGUGUGCUAUCUAGUUAGCUCGCUUCAGAGCCUUGCGGCGAUGCAAGAAUGUUUAGUAAAUUGACUAUUUUAGUCUAGUAAAAAGGGUGAUUUUUUAAGGAUAAUGUCUGUUUGAAAGCGGCACUCUUUUACCCACGGUCACUGCUGAACGUUCGUUGGUUGAUUUUAGGACACUGUUGGCAGCACAGCCGUGCGGCGGACUCAAUGAGAUUCUGAACGACAAACAGGUCCCCAGCCUGUGUUAGCAAGCUAGCGUUAGUUAAUCAGUUUUGAUUUCAUCAAAGAGGGAACUAGCUUACUUCAAAAGCUGCCAUAUAAAUUUUCUGUUGACCACGGGGAAUGCAAUCACGGAAUAUUAUACGAAAAUGAGACCUACAACAACUGGACAAGGCGCCAGGUGGUGAGCGUGUGCGGCAUGCAGAAGCCACUCCCCCUGCCUCAGAAUGAGUGUACGAGACAGCGGGGAGGCAGCGAGGGAGGAUGGACGCUCCUACCUUCUCCAGAUCUACCCUCGGCUGGCGGCCCCGUCCGCGGGCUGCUGCAGCCUGCAGGUUCCCAAGGACGCCACGGCCACCGCGGUGGUGCAGGACGCCACUUUGGCCCUGGGCCUGGACCCCGGACGCCUGUACGUGCUGGCCGAGGUGAAGCAGUGUGGCGGGGAGGAGUGGGUGCUGGAGGCAGGGGACCUGCCGGUGCAGAGGGUCCUGCUCUGGCCCCGCAGGGCCCAGGAGCCUCACCCCCCCGGGCAGGGCUUCUACUUCCUGCUCCAGGAAAGGAAUAACGACGGCUCCAUCUGUUACGUCCACCUGCAGGCCCUGAGCCGUGAGCGUGAGGCUCAGAGGCUGGCGGCCCGUGGCUUCCUGCCACCACGCCAGGACGACUGUGACGACCUCUGCAACCUCCCCGUCCUCAAUGAGGACAGCAUCCUGGACAACCUGCGCAACCGCUUCCACAACAAGAAGAUCUACACCUACGCUGGCAGCAUCCUCAUCGCCAUCAACCCUUUCAAGUUCUUGCCCAUCUACAACCCCAAGUACGUGAAGAUGUACGAGAACCACCAGCUGGGCAAGUUAGAGCCGCACAUCUUCGCCAUCGCGGACGUGUCGUACUAUGCCAUGCUGAGGACCCGGGUCAACCAGUGCAUCGUCAUCUCCGGGGAGAGCGGCUCGGGCAAGACCCAGAGCACCAACUUCCUGAUCCACUGCCUGACGGCGCUCAGCCAGAAGGGCUAUGCCAGCGGGGUGGAGAGAACCAUCCUGGGGGCGGGGCCUGUGCUGGAGGCAUUUGGAAAUGCAAAGACGGCCCACAACAACAACUCCAGCCGUUUCGGAAAGUUCAUCCAGGUGAACUACCUGGAAAGUGGGGUGGUGAGAGGUGCUGUGGUGGAGAAGUAUCUCCUGGAGAAGUCUCGUCUCGUCUCCAGAGAGAAGAACGAGAGGAACUACCAUGUGUUUUACUACCUUCUGCUGGGAGCUUCAGAGGAGGAGCGCAGAGAGUUCAAACUGCUGCAGCCUGAGGAGUACCUGUACCUCCGACAGGAGAACUUCAGGAUUGAAGAUGAAGAGGACUUGCGUCAUGACUUUGAGCGUCUUCAGCAGGCUAUGGAGAUGGUUGGCUUCCUGGCCGCCACCAAGAAACAGAUCUUCUCCGUGCUGUCGGCCAUCUUGUACCUGGGGAACGUGACAUACAAGAAGAAGGCGACUGGGAGGGAGGAGGGGCUGGAUGUGGGCCCUCCAGAAGUUCUGGCCACCCUGUCAGACCUGCUCCAGGUGAAAGAGGAGCUGUUGGUGGAGGCUUUGACUAAGAGAAAGACGGUUACAGUCAAUGACAAGCUGAUUCUGCCCUACAGCCACAGCGAGGCCAUCACAGCCAGAGACAGCAUGGCCAAGUCUCUGUACAGCGCUCUGUUUGACUGGAUCGUCCUGCGCAUCAAUCACGCUCUACUCAACAAGAAGGAUAUGGAGGAGUCUGUCCCUUGUCUGUCCAUCGGUGUGUUGGAUAUAUUUGGCUUUGAGGACUUUGCCACCAACAGCUUUGAGCAGUUCUGCAUCAACUAUGCUAAUGAGCAGCUUCAGUACUACUUCAACCAGCACAUAUUUAAACUGGAGCAGGAGGAGUACCAGGGCGAGGGCAUCACCUGGCACAACAUCGACUACACAGACAAUGUGGGAUGCAUCCACCUGAUCAGCAGGAAGCCCACGGGCCUGCUGUACCUGCUGGAUGAGGAGAGCAAUUUCCCCCAUGCCACUGAUAAGACCCUGUUGGCCAAGUUCAAGCAGCAGCACCAGGGCAACAGGUACUUUGUGCCCACGCCGGUCAUGGAGCCAGCCUUUGUUAUCCAGCACUUUGCCGGGAGGGUCAAGUACCAGAUCACGGACUUCCGUGAGAAGAACACGGACCACAUGCGCCCGGACAUCGUGGCGCUCCUGAGGAGCAGUGACCGGGCGUUCAUACGGCAGCUGAUUGGCAUGGACCCGGUGGCCAUGUUCCGCUGGGCCGUGCUGCGGGCGGCCGUCCGCGGGCUGGCCGGCUUCAACCAGGCAGGGAGUCGCCGGGCCGCCAGGACUGCAGGUGUUGUGCGCCCCACUUCCAGGACGCCUCUUGGGGAGCUGCAGAGAUCCAACCCUCCUGUGGAGCGGAUUUACAAGCGAGCCUCUCUGCUCGAUUUUUACUUUGACCCCUCUGACGAGAGCCCUCUAGAGGCCUUUGAAGACAUCUUUGCUAGCUAUGAGAGGAAGAAGAAAAACAAGACCAGCAAACAGAAGCAGAGCAUCCCCAAGAGCCUCCUGGACUCCAAGUCUCUGAAGUUCAUCGUGGGUCUGACCCUGCAGGACCGUACCACCAAGUCCCUGAUGCACCUGCACAAGAAGAAGAAGCCCCCCAGCAUCAGCGCCCAGUUCCAGACCUCCCUGACCAAGCUGCUGGAGACUCUGGGAAAGGCGGAGCCCUUCUUCAUACGCUGCAUCCGCUCCAAUGCAGAGAAGAAGGAAAUGUAUCUGGACAAGGCCCUGGUUGUGCAGCAGCUCCGCUACACAGGCAUGCUGGAGACAGUCCGCAUCAGGAGGUCUGGCUACGGAGCUAAGUACACCUUCCAGGAGUUCAUGGAGCAGUUUAGGGUGCUGUUGCCCAGGACUGCCUCCGCCUGCAGGGACGACAUCUCCGUCCUGCUGGAGAAUAUGUGUCUGGACCACACCACUUACCAGAUAGGAAAGACCAAGGUGUACCUGAAGGAACUGGAGCGUCAGCAGCUGCAGGACACGCUGCACAAGGAAGUGAUGCGCAGGAUCCUCAUCCUGCAGCGCUGGCUCAGAGCCCAUCUGGAGAGGAAGAACUUCCUGGACAUGAGGCAGGCGGCCAUCUUAAUCCAGCGGUGGUGGCGUACGUACCUGAAGGAGGAGCGGCGCCGACAGGCAGCCUGUCUGAUCCAGGCGGUGUGGCGUGGGUGGCACCAGAGGUCAAACUUCCUGCUGCAGCGGGAUAGCGCCACCAGGAUCCAGUCGGCGUGGCGUGGGUGGCACCAGAGGUCAAACUUCCUGUUGCAGCGGCAUAGCGCCACCAGGAUCCAGGCCUUGGCACGGGGCCACUCCGCACGCCGAAGAUGUCACUCUAUACGAGAGGAGAAGAGGGAGGAGGUGGUGAGAAGGACGAAGGAGGAAGAAGAGGCGAGGAGGAGGAAGGAAGAGGCGGCCUGGCUAGCCAGAGAGGCGGAGCGGGAGGCGGAGGACGCCAGGGCGAGGGAAGAAGAGGAGGCUGCCAGGCGGAGGCAGGCAGCCCAAGAAGCCCUGACAAAGAAGUUGGAGACAGAGGCAGCCAAUGAGAACCUUGUUAGUGGAGCAAACAAGAAGCUUGUGAAAGAGAGCCAAGACGAGGAUGACAUGUCUGUGGCCAGCCCUCUGCGCAGAGAGGAGGAGGAGGAGGAUGAGGGGCUGGGAGAGGAAGAGGAGCGCAGGACUAACCCUGAUAUUGAGGCCAAUGGUUCUCAGUCUGAGGCUACAGCCCAGCUGGAGGAGGAGCCACGCCCAGAGAAGACCCAGUCUGAGGGACCCCGGCCGAAGACGACCACCCUGGCUGCCGUCUCCCCCGGAGCUCCACAGCAGACCCAUACCGGUCGUGCUUUCCCCCUAGACGCCCACGCAGACGGCCAGCCGGGGCAGAGCAAACCCCGGCCCCCCCAGCUCCACAGAGGCCCCGCCUCCCGCAGCCAGGAGAAGAGGGAGCUGAGGAGGCAGCGAGGCCUGGAGCACAGCCAGAGAGAGAGUCAGAGAGCUGCCAGUAGGGAGGACCCCAGCCCCCCAACAAGGGAGGACCCCAGCCCCCCAACCACGGACCCCAGCCCCCCAACCACGGACCCCAGCCCCCCAACCAGUGAGGACCCCAGCCCCCCAACCAGGGAGGACCCCAGCACCCCAACCACGGAGGACCUCAGCCCCCCACCCAAGGUCAAAGGUCCCCAGGCACCAAGUGGGACAGAGGUCAAGUUGAAGGAGCGAGCAGACAGCAAGGAGCUGGACCAAUACACUUUCGUAGCCUGGAAAGGGAAGAGGGAGGACCAGGGGAGGAGGGAGGACCAGAGAGAGGCUAGGUCCUUGUCCUCCCCUGGCCCGGCGCGGCCCACCUCCUUGCCCCUACAGCAGUCCAGCAGGAACGGGCAUGGAGAGGCUGUCGGCUUACAGCGCUACCAGCGGCCCGGCGGCAUGAAGGAGAAGGAGAAGUGGAGGGGGGGGAGGAGGAGCGAUGGGGGGGGUAGCCCCGCCCUGCCCCUCAGCAAGGACGACCGGAAGAAGAAACCGCUUCAGACCCAGACCUCCUCAGAAGGAUCAUCUCCUGGGUCGGCCCAGCACAGCGCCACCUCCAACACAGAGGUCCUGUCUCCUGCUGACUGCCUCUCAGACGUGUCCAAGAGCAGCUCUAUACGGAGGACGAGCCAGAGCAGCCCCGCCCCCCCGGACUCAUGCCAGCCUCUAGCCACUACACCAGAGAGGUCCAGUGGGUUUCUGAGGAAGAUCUUGAAGAAGAAGCCUCCUAAGGAGCCCCAGACCCUGGAGGAUGGAGACCAGAGCCAGACCCUGGCCGAGCGGGCAGCAGGGUCUGGGCCAGUAGGGGAAGCCGCGCUGCAGCUCCUCUCCCGCCCUCAGACGGACGGGAGGGCCCUGGAGCGGAACCCCACGCUGAAGAUCAGCCGUGCCACCAGAGUCACAGAGAAGUGGAACGCCUCCCUGGACCGCGAGAUCACCAACGCCAACGAGCUCCGACACCUGGACGAGUUCCUGGGGAAUCAGGUGAACGAUCUACGCUCCCGAGGGAAGCAGCUUUCAGCCACGGAGCACAUCUUCAUCAAUGCCACCAUGCAGUUCAGAGAGACCAUCAAGGGCAUGUACUCUCUCCCAAAGCCUCACAUCGGCUACAAAGGUUUGAUGAAGGGCUACCAGCACCGCGUGGUCAGCCUGGCUGGGGACAGGCAGCAGGCAGAGGUGCCGCUGGUAGUCAACCUCUUCCAGUCCAUCCUGGACGGCUUCAUCAGGGGGGAGAUCAAGAAGGAGGAGGCCGAGCCUGCAAAGCCGGCCAAAGCUCGCAAGAAGAGACGGAAGAAAGACAAGAGUUUGGAUAGCCCCCUGGACCACAUGUUCAGCUCCUAUCAGGUGAACAUCAUGCAGUCAUGUGACCAGUGCACCUCCUACAUCUGGGGCAUGGAGAAGGCUUACAUGUGCAGCUAUUGUAAAAUGGUUUGCCACAAGAAGUGCCUGUCCAAGAUAGUCACAGACUGCUCCACAUUCUGCACCAAGAAGAGUGACGAGGAGCCUAGCGGGCUACACUUCGGUGUGCGGGUGUGUCACCUGACCAGCGACAAGAACCCGGUUCCCGUGGUGAUGGAGAUGAUGCUGGAGCAUGUGGAGAUGAAUGGCCUGUACACCGAGGGCAUCUACCGCAAGUCCGGCUCCGCCAACCGCAUGAAGGAACUCCACCAGAUCCUGGAGAGCGGCCCUGGCUCUGUGUGUCUGGAGGACUACCCCCUGCACACGGUCACUGGCCUGGUGAAGCAGUGGCUCCGCGAGCUGCCUGACCCCCUCAUGACCUUCAACCACUACAGUGACUUCCUGCGGGCUGUGGAGCUCCCAGACAGACCGGAUCAGCUCCACGCCAUCUACAAGGUCCUGGAGCAGCUUCCCAGCGCCAACUUCAACACCCUGGAGAGACUCAUCUUCCACCUCGUCAGGGUGUCUAAAGAGGAAGCCCACAACCGCAUGUCUCCCAACUCGCUGGCCAUCGUGUUCGCUCCCUGCAUUCUCCGCUGUCCCGACAGUGCAGACCCACUACUGAGCAUGAAGGACGUCGCCAAAACAACCACCUGCGUGGAAAUGCUGAUCAGAGAGCAGAUCAGACGCUACAAUGAGAAGAUGGAGGAGAUCGAGCAGCUGGAGUUUGCUGAAGCCCUGGCUGUCAACCAGCUCAGACUCAACAGACAGAACACGCACUGGCGUUUACCUCUCAGGUUCUCCCCUCCGUACAGAGGAGAGGUGGUGCAUGAGAAGGAGAAGGCGACCUCUGACCUGUGUGCGGUUCCCGAGGAUGAGCCCCUGGACUCAGACACAGAGUCCAAGAGCCUGAUGGAGCGCAUCAAGUCCAUCAAGCAGGAAAAGGAGGACCUGGCCUGCAGACUGCCAGAGCUGGAGCAGCCUGGUUCUGACCAGGAGAACCUGGACUCUGAGGCGUCAGUCAGCUCUGAGAGCCUUCUUGAGGAACGUGCCCAGGGCUCCGAGGCUGAAGGUGGAGGCUCCAUGCUGAGGAGGUCUAAGCCACCUUCCCUUCCGAAGCCCUCAGAACUGUCCCUGAGGCUGCAGCCCUGCAGUGGGGCCUCCUCUCCUCCCCCCUCCUCACCUCCCCCCUCCUCUCUCUCCUCCUCCUCCCCAUUUGGCUCUGCCUUCAGGCUUCAGCUGCAGCGUCGCCAGCCUCUCCUCCAACCCCGCACACCAGCCCCAGCCUCUACUCGAGCUCCACCCUCCACUCCAGCUCCAGUCUCAGCCUCUACACAUGCUUCUAUCCCAGCCCCACAACAGCCUUCAGCCUCAGGAUCUGCCCUCAGCGGCCGCGGCCUUCGAGGCUUUGGGGUGGUGAGGAGGAGGGAGCAGCCUGGCCGUCGCAAGGACGUAAUCCAGUCUGUGUACAUAAAGAACCCCAGAGAGCAGCAGCCUCCAGCAGCCUCCUCCACCCCGGGCUUCCAGGCCCCUGGCUGCUCCCACAGACGACACUCAAACCCAGACUUUCCCCCAUAGACCUCCCCCCCAGACCUCCCUCCAGACCUCCCCCCCAGACCUCCCCCCCAGACCUCCCCCCCAGA